GUCCAGCUGGCUAGCCUUGCUCACUCUUGGUCCCUGCUCUACGUUUUGUUGGGCCAACAAUCCAUUGAGGUCUCUCGCCGCUCUCGCCCCAUGUCCCCCCUGACCUGAACUGUAAGACAGCUGACUUCUCUUGAGGCCCUCUCUCCCUUCUGAAUCGUCGAACCGUCGAUCGGUCUCGUCCCAUCCGCCAGAAUCCGGUUUAAUCCCGCGUGAAUGGGUCGCAACGGUAUCCCUGAAAGAUGGGAGUGUUACUCGCCAAUUGGCCAACAGAUCCCGAACACGCCCUUUAUUGCCUUCAAGGUCCCCUUGAACGAGGUAAUCAUUAGUCCUGAAUUCGUUGCUAAUAAGUCCUAAUCGAAGAUUUGCGAAACUAUGGCAGGCCGAUACCGAUGCCUAAUUGCAACACGGCUUCGUCAAGUUCUCUCCGCCAAUGGGAAAUGUCAGACUGACUCGAAACUUCCUUCUGUGCGAGACUUAACUUCUAAAAUGGUUUUACCGCCACGUGUGAACACGUCUACGUUCUCAAUACAAGUUCCUUGUUCUUCGGUUCUCGAAAUGAACAAAGGAUCGUCCUCAUCUUUGACAGCAUACUCUCAAGCCCUGUCAGGGAUAGUGGAGGAAUUUGAGACCGAUUGUCAUCUGCCUGAGAUCGUGCUCGUUAAUGAACCCGAAAUGCCUGCGAAACCACGGGACAAGAAAGGAAAAUGGGUGCCGUCCCAAGGACCUUCGUUCAAUUUUCGUCUGCCAACUUUGGAGUUCACCAAGGACGUCCUCCACGUGGCCUUGAAAGUCAGAACCAAAGACUGGCGAAGGAACGGCCUGUUUCCCCAGGAAAGUCCCCUCAAAGUCAUUGUCGAAUUCAGUUCGCCCAAUGUGGCAAAGCCCUUUCAUAUGGGCCAUCUCAGAUCCACUAUAAUGGGUCAUUUCUGCGCCAAUAUUUAUGAGGCAGUGGGGCAUGACGUGAUCCGACUGAACUGGCUGGGCGAUUGGGGCACACAAUUCGGAUACAUAUCCGCCGGGCUCAAAGACUUUGCCUUGGAUAUAAACCAAGUGCAAUCCGAGAAUGAUGCCAUCCAUAGCUUGUACCAGAUAUAUGUUCAAGCCAAUCUGAAGGGUGAGAAGGACCCAAAGUUCGCCUCGUUGGUCCGCGAAUGCACGGAGAAGCUCGAAAACGGAGAUUCUGAGCUAUUGAAGCAAUGGUCCAUUGCUCGCAAAGUUACGAUCGAAUCCCUCGAGAAAGUAUACGCUCGGUUAGGGGUGUACUUUCACGAAUACCAUGGCGAGUCCAUGUACACAAACCAAGCAAAUCAAAAAGUUCUUGAUUUAAUGCGAACCAGGAAUCUGUUGGCGGAUAGAGAUGGUAAGCAGGUGAUCCCGAUGACCAUCGGCAAAAAUCAACUUGAACGAGAUGUGACCAUUUUGAAGACCGACGGCUCGAGUCUCUAUAUCACGCGAGACAUCGCAGCUGCCAUUGAUCGAGCCCAAAAAUACGCAUUCGACCGAAUGCUCUACGUGGUCGAGAAUGGACAAACCGAACAUUUCCAGCAUUUGUUCGCCAUUCUUAAGAGAUUGGGAUUCUCUUGGAGUGCUCAGUUGGAACAUGUCAAAUUUGGAAGGAUUAGUAAAAUGAGUUCCAGGAAGGGCACCGCCGUGUUUCUCAACGAUAUCCUCGAUGAAGCCAAAGAUCGUGUGCGGGAACAAAGGGAACUCUCGCCCAACACUCGAGAUGUCUUGGACUCGGAUGAUGUGUUGGAAGUUCUCGGCACCACGGCAGUGGUUGUCAAUGAUUUCUCAUCGAAAAGACUUCAAAACUACGAUUUCAGUUGGGAACGAGCCGUCAAGUCCACGGGUACCAGUGGUGUUCGCUUACAAUACACCCAUUGUCGCUUAUUCAGUCUGAUCUCGAAGGAAAAUCAUUCCAUGUCCAGUUUAUUAGAGGUACUCGAAGAGGAUUCUAGAUUCCUAGCAGGCGAACUAACCGAAAAAGAGGCUCAGAAUCUUCUCUGGAGAAUCGCCGUGUUUGAUGAAGCCGUCAGAGAUGCAUAUAUCCAACUGGAACCCAACGCUCUGCUCCGAUAUCUAUUCGCUCUGUGCUCGGAUAUCUCGAAAGCUCUGAAGUGUUUGUCUGUGCAGAACGCUGAAAGUGACGCAAAACGUUUAGCCCGGCUUUGUUUGUUUGGGGCGGCUAAAAGUGUCCUGAAAGAGGGAUUAGAAAUUCUCGGAAUCCGUGUUUUAAACCAAAUGUGAAUAACUCUCUAUUUAACUAUGUAGUCGUUUUCAAUAAACUUUGAUAGGAGCGCUCAA